AUAUUUAUUAUUGUGGUUGCAAUAUACCAUGAAAAUUCAAUAUUUUUUUAGAUAACUAAAAUUAUUUCUUAUGCAAUGUCAUAUAAUUUUAGCGAUAACAAAACACCUGUUGGUUUUUAAUUAAAUAACAGAAUUUCAAAACCAGGUAAUUAAAAAUGAUCCAGUCCUGUCACAAAAUAGCCGGCUUAAAAUUAUUAAAAUUAAAUUAUUGGAGCCACACAAGAAGAAAAGGUUCCGAAUUUUUAAAAACCGGCACGUGUUUGUGCUCAAAAAUAAAUAAUGAUAAAAAUUACAGUAAUUUUAGCUGUCAAGAAGAAAAUGAUUUUUUAAAAGUGAAAAAAAGUUCUGUGCUAGUGAGAGAAUUAAGUGUUGCUGCUAAACUAGUCGACAGUUCGCCGUCAAAUGUCAAGCCUUACUUGAAGUUGAUGAGAAUUGACAAGCCGAUCGGCUCUUGGCUGCUGUUCUGGCCCUGCAGCUGGAGCAUCGCCAUGGCCGCGGCACCAGGUGCCAUUCCAGACCUCCACUUACUGGCGCUUUUUGGAGUUGGAGCUUUUGUGAUGCGCGGCGCCGGGUGUACCAUUAAUGAUAUGUGGGAUCGAGAUUUUGAUAAAAAAGUGGCGAGGACCAAGGACAGGCCGCUAGUCGCUGGGGAUAUUACGCCUUUUCAAGCGCUGGUCUUCCUUGGAGGACAGCUGAGUCUUGGAUUGGGGAUCUUGCUGCAGUUGAACUGGUACAGUGUCUUUCUUGGCGCUAGUUCACUUGGAUUAGUAGUAAUCUAUCCUCUAAUGAAGCGAAUAACAUACUGGCCUCAACUAAUCUUGGGGAUGACCUUCAACUGGGGAGCCCUCUUAGGCUGGUCAGCAGUCCAGGGUUCCUGCGACUUAUCAAUAUGCUUGCCACUCUACGUCGCGGGAAUCUGCUGGACAGUUUUAUACGACACAAUUUACGCUCACCAGGAUAAGGUCGACGACUUGUUACUAGGAAUAAAGUCCACAGCGUUGAAAUUCGGCGACAAUACCAAAUUAUAUUUAUCUGGAUUUGGAGCGUCUAUGAUAGGAAGCUUGUUGACUUCUGGAGUAGUUUCUGGCCAGACUUGGCCCUACUACGUGGCUGUCAGUGUGGUCGCUGGCCACGUUGUUGAACAAAUUCGAACUUUAAACAUUGAUGAUCCCCAGGACUGUGCAAAAAAAUUCAUCUCUAAUAGAACAAUAGGACUAAUUAUUUUUGCGGGAAUAGUAUUAGGAAAUUUAUUAAAAAAUUCACCUGAGAGCAACCAAACUAGCUUGUUAGAAAAUAAUAAAUCACAAAUAAAAUAUUAAGUAUUUUUUCUGUACAGUGAUGAAAAGUACAAAUAUUAUUUUAUUUCACAUGUAUAUUAUUAUUAUAUUACAUUAAAUGAAUUAAUUAAUUAAUAUCUACUACAAUUAA